ACGCGUUCGUACUGACGAGGAGCGUCCAGACUUUGCGCACACGGACGGAAGUUUUGUGCGUGUCUGAAGUUUAAAUCCCAGCUUCUCCGGAGACCGACUGGCUGAUCAUGUUCAACGAAGAAGAAGGAGAAGAAGCGAUAUAAAAAGCCGGGUUGGAUGUGACUCAUGUAAUUUAUGCCCCUGACUAUGAUUUACUGAGUGGGAGUGCACUCCUCCGGGCUGUGCUGGAUAUAUGGUUGACUCCAGAAUCUAUAACAUUUGUCUUAUCAACUGCUUCGGAGGAAAUAACUCAUAACCAUUGUGAUGGAGAGCCACAUGUGUUUGGCAUGGAUGCUGUUGUGUCUGCUCCUGCGGCCGUCGGCUGCACAGAACGCCGCACCUGAAGGAGUGCUGAACUGCUGCGAGGGUGACGUCCUCUUCUUACUGGAUUCCUCAGGGAGUGUGUCGUCCUACGAGCACUCCCGCAUGCUAACCUUCCUGUCUGAGCUCCUCCUCCCCUUCUCGCUGGGAGAGGACCAGGUGAGGGUGGGACUUCUGCAGGUGGGCACCCAACCCCGCCUCGAGUUUGGCUUUGACGCCCACAGCACCCAAAGUGGCCUCCAGGGGGCUUUGAGGAACACCAAACCUCUCAGGGGAGACACCAACACAGUGGAGGCGCUGAGAAUGGCAAAGGAGCGGGUGCUGAGACCCGGAACAGCGGACGGGGCCCGGGCCGGGCUCCCGAGAGUGCUGGUGUGGUUGACGGAUGGGGUGAAACCUGGUGAUGUGAUUGGACCAAUGGCUGAGCUGCAGGAGGAAGGGGUGGCUGUGCUGGUGGUCUCCACUGGGCAUGGCAACUACCUGGUGUUGAGGCAAGUGGUAAGCCCACCUGUGGAAAACCACCUGUACUUUGUGGAUAUCGAUGACAUGAGUAUCAUCACUGAGGACCUGCGGGAUGCCAUCAUUGAGAUUAUCCGAGCUGAGCGAAUCCACGUCCGUGACAUCUCCACUAACUCUGCCACGCUCCAGUGGCGACCCAUUCUGUCCGGUUUGACGGGCUUCUAUGAGGUCCGCUUCGCUCCGCUUCCGACAGGAGGAGCAGGAGGUGGUGGAGGAGGGGGAACUGGGACCAGUCCGAGCACGAGCGGCAGUCAGUACCAGAGACUAAUCCAGUCUGCGGAUUCCAGCACUGCCAGGCUAACAGGCCUGAAGCCUGACACCACCUACACCGCCACACUGACCCCAGAGUCCAAUGAGCAGUCGUUUAACACGCUCUCUGUCACCUUCACAACAAAGCCAGAGGUGAUGAGCCCAGCUGUGAUAACGGUCUCCGAGUCGGGGGAAACCAGCGUACGGGUGAGUUGGGGCCCUCUGCAGCCAGAGACGGUCACAAAUUACUACAUCGAGUACUCCGCCUUGCCCCGUGGCAAGCUCCACACUGCCACAGUGGACCGAACCCAAAACUCCACAAUCCUCAGAGACCUCCAACCAGAUACCACCUACUUGGUCACCGUUGGCGCCCGGCACACCUCAGGCACGGAGAAGGCCGUGUCUGUCAAAGCGUGUACUCAGGAAGUGACUCCCGCCCUGGCGGACCUCCAGCUAACCACAGUGGGUAGUGACUCAGUGCAGGUUGACUGGAAGGUCAAUGUAGGCAGCCUGAGGGGCUACUGGCUCACCUGGGAGGGACAGCAAAGAUCUGUCCAGGGCCAGCGCUCCUCCCUGUAUCUGCCGCCCAACUCUCUGUCAACACGCCUCACAAACCUCCCCCCGUCGGCUAGAGUGUGUGUGUCACCCAUCUACCGGACGGCGCGGGGAGAGGGGCUGUGUUGCACGGCGCAGUUUCAUUCAGAUGCAUUAGCAUACGGCCACCAGUCGUAGCACCUCUGAACUGCAAGUGCACCUUACCAAACAAGGAGGGACGAUGGCAAGAAAAAUGCUGACUUUCAUCCAUAAUUCUUUUCCCAGCCUUUCCCCUCUGUGGAUAUCAUCCAGGAGAGCUGUGUGCUUUGGCCUACUGAGCACUCAUGUGGAAGCCAUAGACACUUAAGAGUGGUCUGGGACAAUGUGGCCACAUGUUGACUGCUGCAAUCUGUAGCACAGAGGACUAUUUGCUUUCGUCCCCCUCUGGUUUACCCCUGUAGUAAAUAAAAUGCUUCAGUUUAAAGAUACAAGCAUAAGAUAAUGAUAUUUGUUAGGUCUGUUUUGCAGAUAGAAAGCAGGCCAUGCUUGGAAUGUUGAAUGUUUUAUGUGGCUUGUUUUGGAGAAAGGCUUUGCACCAUAUGUGGACCUCAAACCCACAUCAUCAUUUUUUUCAAAUCCUGCUAACACUGAGAAUAUCUGAUUAACAUUUAUAAUGAAUACUUACAAUUUGUACUUAAAUGGCUUCUCUUUCAGCACAUGCCUGAUACUUGUGUGUGCACACUGGAGUGCAGCAAAGGAACGUUAGAAUGUGGUCCCUAAUAACAGGAUCCUCAGGAUUGCUUUGAACUUUCAUGAAAUCACGAACAGACCGGCCACAUGCCCUGAAACUACGGAGAUGCUGCAUAUGAUACAGAUGUGUGUAACUGAGAGUAAUCUUGUAUUGGACAUAGAUCCAUCAUUCAUAUUUAUUAAUCAAAUUCAUGUCAUUGUAAGAGUUAAUAGCAUACAAUACUUGCAAACAUGCUGUUUACAUUUUAAGACUGAUAUCCUUUUAAGCCAGUCUCUGCUGCCCCCUACUGAAAGGAUCCUUACAGGCUUAUAGCUGAUCUUACACUGUCAUCCUCUCAGAGCAAUUGUAUUGUUUCAUGUUUGUUGACCACUUUUGAAAUUUAACAUGAGCUUGCAAUAAAGUCCUUUAAUAAUUUUGUU